GCCGGAUGGCGGAGUCUUCACGUGGCGGCCGAGAGAGGCCACGUCAACGUGGUCAAUACUCUUCUGCAGAAAGGCGAAUUCGUGGACUGCAUCACCAACGACAAGAUGACGCCGCUGCACAUCGCGGUCUCGGCGGGGAAACCGGACGUGGUGGAGACCUUGCUCGGACACGGGGCCCCGGUCGAACAGAAAGGUCAGCUCGGGUCGGGUGGGAAGUGGCAGGAGACGCCCCUUCACCUGGCGGCGAGGAUCGCCGACGGCGAGAAGUGCGCGGAGAUGCUCGUCAAGUGCGGGGCGAACGUGAGGGCGAGGACCGAGGACGGACGGACUCCGCUGCACGUCGCUGCCAGGCAUGGCAACACCAAGGUCUUGACGCUCCUUCUUCAGGAGGAUGCCGAUCCGAUGGACGUGGCGCAGGUGGACGUCUUUCCGGGUGGAAAUCCACCAAGGGGGACGUCCACAUGGUUCCAAAUCCACUGGAGUGGGGAUGCAAAGGUGGAUUUCUACCUCUGGAUUUGCAGCUCGAACGGGGACACACCGCUGCACCUGGCAUCGGGUCAGUGCCACAGCCAGGUGGUGCGAAGCCUGCUGGAGCACGUCCGAUCCCAUUCCAAGGGCGAGUCGGAGCACCCGCCGUCGCCGCCGUCGUCGCCGGGGCUGACGGCGUACGUGAACGCUCAGAACGCCGACGGGGAGACGGCCGUCCACUACGCGGCCAAAAUCCACAAGAAUCACGUCCACCUGCCCAAGGAGGACUCGGAGGUGAUGAAACUCCUGCUCGACGCCGGCGGGGAUGUCAACGUCCUCUCCAAGACGAACCGCGAGAGCCCGCUGCACUACUGCGCGAGAGCAGGUAACGCGGCCGUGAUGAAGGACAUGCUGACCAGCCUGAACACCAACGACGUCCAGACGUCCGUGAACCGGCAGUCGUCGAUCGGCUGGUCCCCGCUUCUGGCCGCCUCGGAGGGGGGGCACCUGGACGUCGUCAUCACCUUGCUCAACCACCAUGCCAGGGUCGACGUCUUCGACGUGGAAGGGAAGGCGGCGUUGCACCUGGCGGCGGAGGGAGGGUUUCGGGACAUCUGCGACAUCCUCCUUCGGCACAAGGCCUUCGUGAAUAGCAAGAGCAUGACCGGGCUCUCUGCGCUUCAUCUGGCCGCUCUCAGGGGCUUCAACGAUCUCGUCAAGCUCCUGGUCGUCAAGCACAACGCUCACAUCGAGGCCCUCACUCUGGUCGCUCUUUCCCCUCCCGAUGCACUCUCGAUUAACACCUGGAACGAUCGCGCGGUGCAGCAAAAGCAGACGCCGCUGCACCUAUCGGCAGGCGCAGGCCAGCUGAACGUGUCGCGGACGCUGGUGGAGCUGGGCGGGAACGUGCACGCGACGGACUCGGAGCGGCAGACUCCCCUGCACCUGGCGGCGCAGAACAACCACUCCGACGUCGUCAAGUUUUUUCUCAGUCUUCAUCAGGACCUCGUCUCCAUCGCCAACAAGGUCCCGUUCCCGGUCCCUCGAAGCGGGAACACCUGCGCUCACAUCGCGGCCGAGAAAGGGAGCGUGGAGGUGGUGAAGGAACUGCUGAAAUUCCAGCGAGGGGUCGUCACUUCGGCCAGGAACAAGACGAGCGACUCGACGCCGUUGCAUCUGGCUGCCAGCGGGGGUCAUACGGCCGUCGUCAGGAUCCUUUUAGAGGCCGGCGCCAAUCCUGCCGACGAAAAUAAGACCGGGGAGACUGCUCUCCACCUCGCAUCCCGUUUCGGACAUCUGGACGUAGUGGAAGCACUCCAGGAAGUGACAUCUCUCAGGGCACCCAGCAGGAAGACAGGACUCAGCCCCCUCCACGUCGCCGCCUAUUACGGCAAAGCAGAGGUGGUCCAGGAGAUCCUGACGCAGGUGCCGGCGACGGUGACGUCGUCCUCGCCGACCGUCGUCUCCGCCAGCGUCCUGAGGGAGCUGGGCUCCGAGAGCGGCCUGACUCCGCUCCAUCUUGCGUCCUAUUCCGGGAACGAGAACGUGGUGCGGCUUCUUCUCAAUUCCCCCGGGGUCCAGCCGGAUGCCGCCACCAAUCUCCACGGCUACACUCCACUGCAUCUGGCAUGUCAAGGCGGGCACCUGUCCGUGGUGGGUCUCCUGUUGAGUCGAUCCACGGAGCAAUUGGACAUGGGAGACAAGAGGGGACGGACGGGACUCCAUCUCGCGGCCGGAGCCGGUCACACGGACAUGGUGGCCCUCUUGCUCGGACAGGGCGCGGAUAUCGCGGCCACCGACAGGAACGGAUGGACGGCGCUGCACUUCGCGGCGCGGGCGGGGCACUUGGAGGCGGUGAGGCUGCUGGUGGAGGCGGGGGGGACGCCCACGGCGGAGACCAAGGAUGGCAAGGUCCCGCUGGCCUUCGCGGCCGGGAACGAGCAUUCGCACGUCCUGUCUUAUCUGCUGAGGAAGGAGCACAAUACCUAUGCUCUGCUCGAUGAUAAGAAGUUCGUCCUGGAUCUGAUGGUGUGCAGCAAGAAGGACGGCUUGAGGCAGUUGACGGAGUUCGUUCUCCUUUCGAAAGCGCCGGUGGAUACGGCUGCCAAGCUCUCCUACACCCUCCGCCAGCUCUCCUUUCGGGAAAAGGAUCGGUCGAAAGACCUGGAGUACGCGGCAGCCUUCACCGAGGACAUGGCCAAAGAACUCCUGUCCAUCGCCGCCGGUUCCAGCAGUGCAGGCCUCCUGUUGAGGGCGAGGGACCACCGAUCCGUGCAGCUGCUGGAUGUUCUGAUCGAGACGGAGCAGAAGGAGGUCAUCGCACACACUGCCGUCCAAAAGUACCUGGGGGAGGUGUGGGUGGGACCCAUGAACUGGCCUCAAUGGAAGGUCCUUCUCCUCUUCUUUGCGUCCCUCUUCUGUCCGCCGGUCUGGAUCGUCUUCUCCCUCCCGCUGGGGCACAAGUACAGCCGGAUCCCACUGAUCAAGUUCAUGUCCUAUCUCAUCUCGCAUCUCUACUUCGUCGUCCUUCUCAUAUUGACCAUCGUGACGCCUCUGAGACCCAUCUGGAACAGCACAUCCCUCAUACCCCAUUGGUACGAGUGGAUCCUCCUCGCCUGGAUCAGUGGGAACCUGGUGUCGGAGCUGACGAACCCCGGUGACCGAGCCGGGCUCGGGUGGCUUCGUGUCAUGAUCCUCCUGGUGUGCGGGGUGGCCAUCGGGAUACACGUAGUCGGCUUCGGAUUCGCCAUACCCGGCCGAUCCUUGGCCCUCUACGUCCGCAAUCAGUUUCUCGCUCUGGCUCUACUCCUCUGUUGCGUCCAACUCUUGGACUUUCUCACCUUCCAUCACCUCUUCGGGCCGUGGGCCAUCAUCAUCAGCAAUCUCAUGGUGGACCUCGGCCGAUUCCUCGUCAUCCUUUUCAUUUUCAUCUUCGGAUUCUCCAUGAACGUGGCUGCUAUCUAUCAGCCGAUCUUCCCCAUUUAUGCCGCGCCAAAUGCAACACUUGGCGACGGAUAUCCCCCAACCGUCAGGAAGACGAUCCUGGAAGUGUCAACCACGAAGAGCAAUAUUUACGACUACUCUCCCAAUGUCCGAAUCCUUGGUUCGUUCAUCUUCGCGCAUUUCCUUGCAGAGGCGCCGGUGCAGACGCCGUUGGACACUUUCGAACUGCUUUUCUACGCUCUCUUCGGUUUGGUCGAGCCCGAUUACCUGCCUCCCAUGCACGCUCACCCCCCGUGGGCUGCACAGAUCAUGAAGGUCGUAUUCGGAGUGUACAUGAUGGUGACGGUGGUGGUACUCAUCAACCUACUCAUCGCUAUGAUGAGCGAUACCUACCAACGGAUUCAGUCGAAAUCAGACACGGAGUGGAAAUUCGGACUGGCCAAGCUGAUCCGAAACAUGAAUCGGACUUCAGGAACACCCGCCCCCCUGAAUCUCAUCACCAAGCUCUUGGUUUAUCUCGUCGCCUGCUGCAAAUUCAAAGGCGAGUGGGAUCUAUGCCGGAAGGAGGCCCAGGAGUACCUGAGAACGGAACAGGCGCCCGAAGAUCCUUACGUCCUGGACGUGGCCGUUUUCGCAACUGGAGGGUGGAUGAAGAAGGUGCGAGAAAGACGAAUUCCUGGACGCAAGAGCAAGAUUUCUCCGAAAGAUGCGACACCGGUGAACCGGGUGCUCUCGGCCGGGGUUCAUUCCCUGGGCUCCGAGGGACCCCGAAGGAUCGAGAACGUCGUGGACUGGCCCCGCAUCAUCCGGAAAUACGUGGCCCUCACGGGGCACAUGACGGAGGAGGAAGCCGUUGCCGGUUCGGGUGACGGUGUCUCCGACGUCAUCGUCAAUCUCGUCGGGGCCGAGAUCAUGAGGGACACGAUGAAUUCCAAGGAAAAUUCCUCGCAUGCUUGACCGGUUCGGGUCUGCGGUGUCCGGAUGAAGCCGGACUGGCGAUCCAGAUCAAGAGUUCCUUGGUCUUCUCCUACCCCAUCAGUAUUGAUGAUUUUUGAAACUGUACAGUAUUAUGAUCGAUGCCCUUUUGCUUCAUGUGAUGGAGAUUCUUGGCAUGAAGGUG